AUGGCAUUCAAAGAAAUUGUUGCAAAAAAACCUUACGAUCCGGUUGGCUAUUUAGGCUUUUGGUUAUUAAAUUAUAAAAAAUCUUUGGAAGACAACAAACGACAUUUGGAGUUAGAAGAAGAAUUAUAUCGUUUACGAUGUUUGAUGAUACAACCGGUACAAAUAGAUCCGCAAUUAGGCUUGAUUUAUUACAAGAUGUUAAGAAAUGUAAUUACGUUUCAGACACUGGAAGAAGAAGUGGAACAAGAGGUUCUCCAGAUGACAACAGGUGAAGAAGGGGAAAACGUAGAAGUGGAUUGGAAUUUUCAACGUUACAAUAAUAAUUAG